AUGGCUCUUCUGAGACGCCGCCGGAGCUGGCACGGUGCAGCCUUCAUAGCUGCUGUUUCGAUGGCCGCUUGUUGCCAGCUCUCUUCCGGAAGGUUAGCUGGGUUUGCUGGACCCGGGCGAGCGCGAUCGCAGCAUCGAGAGGUGAGCCAGCAGAAGCUGUCUCGCGCAGCCGGUGGACUGGAAUUUUUGCGGGAGCCGCUCGAGGCCUAUGCCGCGGCCCGCGUUGCGGACUCACCCUUCUUGGCAGAGGCUCCAGAGGCAGCUCUCCAUUGGGGCCAUGCUGCUGCCAUGGCAUCAGUGUACCCUCAACUGGCCUUUGCAGCCUUCCUUGGCUGGCAGAUUCGGUUCGGCAAGGGUGAGGACACCACCCCACUCUCGCUGGGCAUUGCGUCCAAAACGCUGCAUCCAGUGCUGAGCCUUGCAGCGUUCGCCUUCUUCUUGAUCGGAGGACAGGGUGGCCUAGUCCUGCUGACGGCGCAGAAGCAAACCAUCCUUGAGUCGGCCCACGCCAUCACGGCACUGCUGGGCCUGGGUUUCCUGGCCCUGCAAGCAAUCCUACCGCUGACCUUCCAAAGCGGAGCCCAAGUCCGCGCGGCACACGCUUACUUAGGCAGCGCCAUUGUGCUCCUGAUGAUUGUCCACGCUGGCUUCGGUAUUUCCUUGGGACUGAGUUUCUGA